UACCGGCAGUCCAAGUUCCUACCUGCAAUUGCGGACUACGACUAUUCAGCACGUCAGUGGAACAGGGAUGGAACAGAGGUCCCUAUUCCAGAGGACUCACCUCGCCCUCAUAAUCGGCGGGUCGUCUACUGGCACCACGAUGAGUCCGUCUUCUACGCUCAUGACCGCCGUACUCAACGCUGGGUGCACAAGUCAGAGAAGGCAGUACCACGGGUAAAAGGAGAGGGCGCAUCUUUGAUGGUUGCCGAUUUCGUCUCUGCAGAGUACGGCUGGUUGCGCUCUCCUGAUGGAAAGGAGUCAGCACGAGUCAAGUUUUGGCCAGGAAAAAAUCGAGACAGCUACUUUACGCAUGAAGACAUUCUCACGCAUGCCACCACUGCCAUGGACAUCCUGUCGAAACACUACCCCAAUGAGCAACAUGUAUUCCUCUUCGACAACGCACCUACUCACCUCAAGCGUGCUGCUGAUGCGCUCUCUGCCAACAAGAUGUCCCUCUACCCAACAAAACCAGGCAAUCCACUCUUCGGGGUGGAGCAGACAACGACCGACAUGGAGGGGAGAAAGCACAAGGUGAAGGUCCCCAUGGCAGACGGAUGGUUCGAUGGGAAGCCGCAGUCGCUCUAUUUUGAGCCCGGACAUUCUCGCGCUGGCGUCUUCAAGGGAAUGGCGCAAAUUCUGACAGAGCGUGGGUACACUCUCACGGGCCUUCCAAGGGAGUGCACUGGAUUCAAGUGCAAACCCCCUGCCCUGUCCUGCUGUGUCCGACGGCUCCUGUACAAUCAACCGGACUUCCGGGACAUCGAGACCCUGCUUGAGACCCACUGCCGGUCUCGUGGGUUUGAUGUGCUGUACCUGCCAAAGUUCCACUGUGAGCUCAAUUGUAUCGAGCAGUGCUGGGGAUUUGCGAAGCGGAAGUACCGAGAAAUGCCGUCAUCUUCGGCAGAAGCUGAUCUCGAAAGGAAUGUUCUUGCCGCACUGGACACAAUCCCGCUUCUUACGAUCCGAAGGUUCUACACCCGGGCCCACCGCUUUAUGGAUGCCUAUCGUCGCGGUCUCAAUGGGAAGCAGGCGGCGUGGGCAGCCAAGAAGUAUCACAGCCACCGUGUCCUCCCGAACGACAUUCUUGAGGAGCUUGACCGGGAAGGCAUUGCUUCGGAGGACUAA